UAAUAAGUUAUGAUGUUAUAUUAAAAACAUAACAUGAAGCAUGAAGAGCAUUACAGGUGGAGAGUGUGCAGUUAAAAUUAUCAAAAUGUACUUUGGUGUAUUGAAUAAAUGGAUGGGGAAGAUGAUGCUGUUUUAAAAUUGAUUACAAGCAAAGUGAAUUGGUUGCUGUCUUUAGGUAGAGAAAAAAGCAAAAAUCAACAAUCAGAUGAAGUAAAACCAACUGAAAACUGAAAUAUUAUUCAUUAUGUGUUCCCUUCAAACAUUCAUUCUUAUGCUUACCAGUGUUGGUAUUACUGCUCUAAAUUGUCCAGAUGUUAGAGUAUCUGAACAUAGCAAGAAAAGUGGUACAAAAUGGCGUUUAACAAGCAUUCUUAGUGGUAAUUACACUAUACAGGGUUUGAUAACGCUAACUACACCCGAAUCUGAUUGUUCCUUUGUGUCGCGCGAUGGUCUCGUACGUUCGUAUGCAGUCAAAUAUGCAAUUGACAAAGCCAAUAAGGACAAGAAUAUGACACGUUGGGCAACGCUAGGCUUGCAAUUGGACGAUGUCUGCAGGAGUCUACCAGUGACGAUGGCAAGAGGCAUUGAGGUUGUGUCCUUACAUCGUAAGAAUUCUGUUUGUCGGGCAGAUUUCUUGAAAUGUGAUGGGGAUGUCAAGAAAGAGGACGUGAAAAAAGCAACAGCAGUAAUUGGUACUCAGAUGAGUUUUACCACCAUCCCUCUUGCAAGCUUGAUGUCUUUGUAUUAUAUCCCUCAAGUAAGUUAUGCUGCUUCCAGUCGAUUGUUAAGCAAAAAAGAGCUCUAUAAGUCAUUCUUUAGAACAAUCCCAUCAGAUACGAAUCAGAUAUCCGUUAUGUUGGAUAUUUUUGCCAGAUUUAAUUGGAACUAUGUGUUUGCCAUUGGCUCAGACGAUGAUUAUGGAAAACUUGGAGUUUCUGAUCUAAAGCGUGAGGCCUUAAAUAGAAAUGUAUGUAUAUCACAUGACGAAUACAUACCAUACCAGUCUCAGAAAACAAAACAAAGUGUGGUGGAUGUUGUAAAGAAAAUCAAGGCAGCUUCAAAGGCAAAGGUUGUUGUUUUGUUUUGUUACGUGGAUGGUUUGGGUGACUACAUACUAGAAGAGGCAGCUAAGCAAGGAGUUGACCGGGUAUGGCUUUCCAGCGAAGCAUGGAACCCUGGUGCUACUAAUUUAAACAUCACUUUGCAAAAUCAGACCAGGGGUCUCUUAUCAGUAUCGUUAAAAACAUAUAAAUUAAAACAUUUAGUUGAAUACAUGGAAGAGCAGAUAAAGAAUGAUUGGACCUGCAACAUGUGGUUAAAGAAUUAUUUGAAAAACAGCGAGUUUAGAUGUGAACCCACUGGAAUAUCAGCGGAUAAAACCAUGUUGACAGGAAAUAAUUGCAAUGUGAGCAUAAGCCACGUUGUUGAUACAUUAAGUGUGAUGCCAGGGAAGAUGAACAAUCUAAUCGACUCAGUGACUGCAGUGACUGUUGCUGUCAAAAGACUCUUACAAAAACUCUGCAGUGACAAUAACACAACGUGCAACAAUCUUGAGUUUGCAGAAAAAGAAAUGCGGCAACUUACCGCUGAGAUGUUCAAUGUUUCUUUUGUGAACGACCAAAACUUGACAGUUUCUUUCAACGACGCCGGGGAUCCAAAAUUUUCCUUCUAUACUAUUGAGAAUUUACAAGUAGUUAACGGUUCCUACAUGUUUGUUCCUGUUGGUAACUGGAGUGAGCAGGAAGAAUCAGGUAGUCGUUUGAAACUUGACCUGGCUAAAAUUAAAUGGCCUUACUGGUUUGAAAACAAACCUGUAAAGGAGAAACCAUAUCCGCUUUCGCGUUGUAGUAGAAACUGUGUACCAGGAGAAGCUGUCGUUGGUCGCACUGGCUGUUGCUGGGCGUGCCGGAAAUGCAUGGAAAACAAUCACAGUUCUACGCCUAUGGCAGUAGCCUGCGUAUCAUGUGGUAAGUAUCACCACACUGAUCCCAAAAACACGAGAUGUAUUCUGACACCGAUCUUAUGGUUGGAGAUAUCUGACCCUGCUGGGAUGUCCAUCACUAUUAUCAGUUCCAUUGGAAUGAUCGUUAUGAUCUCGGCCUGUAUAAUUUUGCUCAAGUUUCGAAAUCUCGUCACCCCUAACGAUCCGGCGCCGCAUUUGAUCACGAUGUCAUGCGUAUUGCUGAUCCUUACAUUUGUGUACGGUCCAUUGCACAUAACUGAACCAACGCAUGAACUUUGCCAAACUCGAAAUUCCAUAUUCUUCUUGUUACUGAUGAUGUAUUCUGCAAUUUUGCUGAUUAAAUCUAAAUUCAUGACUAAAUAUUUGCAAAAACAUGCUGAAAAGUCGUUUAAAGGUAACCUUCUGUCAGCGCAAUUGAUGUUCCUGGCCAUAUUGUUCCUUCUUGAGUUAGUGUCUGUUAUUGCUUGGUUGUAUAUUGAUAAAGUGCAAGUGCAAGAGUUUCGCCAAGCAGGUGUUCAUGAAAUUUGGAAACAAUGUGAAGUAUCAUUCACGGCUGCCAGGUUGGUUUCCACCUUCAUACCGUGCAUCGUGUUGAUCAUAGCUACCUUCUGCGCCUUCCGUGAAAGAAACCUGGAGCAUUCGUUUUACGAGCCCAAAUUCCUGAGUUUCACUUGCAUUGCUUUGUGUAUUAUCAUUGUCGCUUUUUUGCCAACUUUUAAAUACGUUGUUGGCAUCUACAAAGCUAUUGUGAUGGCAUUCACCAUGGAUGUAUUCGGUUAUACUUUUAUGGCGUGUUUGGUUUUACCAAAGGUUUAUGUUGCGGUGAUGCGCCACAGGCGUGGAAUCAGCGAAUAUCCGAUGAAACCAGGCACAGCCAGCAAAAAGAAAGAAGAGGAAGAUGUCGUACGAACGAAGAGCAUGCCAACAUCAACGAAUGAGAGAACGGAAUCUAGUAUGAUGGACGCGUCAACCGUGACUAAACAACACUCUAAUUCUACCGUGUCCAUAGAACCGACUAAAAGAGAGCGACCAGACGACAUCGUAGAGGACGAGACAGACCACCCGAAAAUCAAUGGAUACAACAAUGCAACAUACGAACCUGCGAAUGAAGCUGAGUUGGAAGACGGUGACGUCAUAAUACGAGAGGAAAAGCCUCCCCCGUAUGACAGCUUACGAUAUGAGAACACAAAGAUGUAAGCACGAAAAAGCUAGUUAUAAGGAGGGCGAUAUUAAAAGUUUACGCUAUAAAACUUGUACUGCGAGUAUUUGUUUUGUCAAUAGAGAAAAUUAAAAGCAAUUUCUGCACCUAUAAGAGAGAGAGAGAAUGCGACUGAUAUAUUUAUACAUAAUUAUACGCUUUUUUAUAAGCAACGCUAAGGUGAAGUUUUAGUAGCUGCCAGGCAACACCCUUAGUUUUUUACAUUAAAAGCAUUUAAUUCUAUGUAUUCUUCAUACAGUAAACUAUCGAUAUAACAAAACCCCGUUAGAGUGAACUCUUGAUUUAACGAACCAAAUUUCUUAUCCCCGAACUCAUAACACCUUGAUUCGGCAAUGUUUUCAAAGUUUUGGGCAUCACCGGUAUCAAUAUAAUGUUUCACAAACAAAACAGUGCAAUGUUAUCCAAAUCGAACAGUAGGACAUGCAGUAGAAUAAAAACAAAUUUUGAAUUUCAGACAUAGUCCUGUCAAUAACAUUCUCAUCAGCCAUAUUUUCUUAUGGGAAAUGCUUACGCAAUGAAACAAGUGUUAAAACCACUCUCUCAUAGAUGAUUUGCUAUGUUUAUGAAGACGUUGCGUUGUGUAUUGUAAAAAAAAAUAUUUAAAAAUGCUGCUUUGAUUCGAAUUUGUUUUGAUUUUGAAUUUUUUAUAUUUCCGUAUAACGAACUCUCGACAUAAAGAACUUUUCUUCAAUUUCCUUUGCUAUUCGCAAGACCGAGAGUUUACUGUAUUCUAUAUCCAUAUAAGCGUCUUUUACACUGUGAAUGUAAGCAAAGCCUUGUCCUGUAGUCACCUACAAGACGCUGACCUAAAUAAAGCGUUGCCUAUAGAAAUAGUGUUUAAUUAAUACACACCAAAGACUCUUGUAUAUGCACAUGCAAAACAUAAUGUGUACAAUUUUUUAUUCAGUUAUAUUAUAUACUUUUAUCUAGCUAUAUUAUAUAGUGUAAGGGAAGAAAGUGUUUACAGAAGAAACCUUUGUGGUUUUUGAGGUUUUAAAAGUUUUACUCGCAAAAUUUUAAAUUAGAAAUUGUCGCUGAAAUUCAUGAAAGUUAAUCGGAAUGUAAUGAAUAAAAUUUUGUAGCACCGCAAAAGUUUUUUUUCGCGAAAAUAGUCAAAAUUUUGCGCUAAACUGAAGGGCUUAAGUUUAAAAUAUAGCAAAGGUCAUUUCAAGGGAAAGUGUUUAACUGCACCAGAUAAUUACAUUUAAUAAAAGAUUGUCGUCUUCAAUAAGUAUAAUAAUUUUGCGAUUCAAUAAUUUUUGUUUCCACUUGUUCCAAAAAGUGCAGUUUUACGAGCAGGCAUUAAACAAACGCCCGCGUUAAAAACAUAUCUCUCAAGUAUUUAUUAGUUUUAUGUGAUAUGUUUUUAGCCUUUCAGUUUAGUGUUUUAACAUUUUAAUUACAUGUUUUAGGAGCUAGUUGUCGAUGUCAUAAUUUUGCAGUAAAACUUGAGAUUUUUUAACAAAAACGUUAAAAAAAUUGGAAUAACUUUCCAACCUCUUUUCACAUGAAGUCAACUUUUUGACAUGAGGUAAGCUCUUAGAAGGUUAGUGUUUGUGUUAUUGGCAACGUUAGCAAACAAUCAUUCUACAAUGCUGUAAUAUAAUUUUGGAGGGGAACUGCAGGUUAUAAUUUCAACGCUAAGUUUUCUUUUGGGUUUUUAACCUCCACAAGAAAAAAAUAAAGUUAAAGACAGAAUAUUUUUUAUCAACUUUGACAAGUGCUAUUUUUGUAAAUAAAAAAAAAAUCAUCAGACAGAAAAUAAAUAAAAAUUCCGAAAAUGUAUAAAAAAAGGAUUCGUAGUGCUUAUCAACUAAAAUAAUUUCAAUAUUAAUACUAAUUUAUGCUUAUUAUAUGCAAAUUUAACUAAUUAUUAGUGAAUUAUGCAAAUUAUUUGCCGGGUAAUUACAAAUAUUGGUUUUUUGAAACGUGUGUGCUUAUUUUUAUUAGUCAUCUGUUAUUUUUAUUUUUUAACUUGUAUCUAUAUAUUUACUCUAAGCUAAUAGUUACUUAAUAUUUCUUUUAUUAAUUUAUAUUUCUAGGUUGUACAUAUUUGAAAUAUGUUGUAAGUAAACGGGGUGAAAAAAUUCGUUAUUAUUCCA